UGGGGUCCGCGGGGUUGGCCAGGGGAUCCAGGGGAUCCGGGGCUGCGGCGCCAUGGCGGAGGCGCUCGGUGCUGGGGCCGCGGUGGCGAUGGUGGCGGCGGUGCGAUUGCGGUCCGGGGGUUGCCAAGGCGGUGGCUGCGGUGGCGGGAUGGCCGCCCGCCCGCCUUGCGCUGACGUCACUUGGAGAGAAGGUCCGAUUGUCGGGGACCCGGGGGGACAUUCUGUGUGUCGUGGCGAACUGGUGCCCCCCUUGCGCAGAAGGGGCGGCCGCAACCGUGGGAAAGGGUUCCCGUGCUUAUAUUUGGCUCCUGGAUCCUCCGUCGCAUGGUCCCUGCGGUGGAGGGAUAGCGACUCGGUGUGCGAAUAGGGACUCGGUGUGCGAAUGGCUACUCGGUGUGCAAAUAGGGACUCGGUGUGCGAAUAGGGACUCGGUGUGCGAAUGGCUACUCGGUGUGCAAAUAGGGACUCGGUGUGCGAAUGGCUACUCGGUGUGCGAAUAGGGACUCGGUGUGCGAUUGCGGACUCGCUGUGCGAAUGGCGACUCAGUGUGCGUUUGGGGAGUCCAUGUGCGAAUAGGGUCUCGGUGUGCAAAUAGGGACUCGGUGUGCGAAUAGCGAUUCGGUGUGCGAUUGGGGACUCGGUGUACGAUUGGGCACUCGGUGUGCAAAUAGGGACUCGGUGUACAAUUGGGGGCUCGGUGUGCAGAGCUGGCUCCUGGCAUCGCGAGAACGUGCCCAGUGUUUCGGGGAUGCGAUCCCUGGUUAGUCUUUGCCGCUUCGGGGACAAAGGCUUUGGGUAUAAGGCGCCCGAAGGCGGGCUGGGUGCGCGGACUUGGGUGGCGCCUCUCAGCCUUUGUGCAGCGCCUCAAAGAUGGCCGCUGCCGCAGUGGCGCGGGGCGUGCAGGGCGCAGGCGCCAAAGGCAGGGGGACCGCCGCCCACCGCUCCCAGUGCCGCAGUGGGGGAGGUGCGGAGCCCGGCGCCUGCGCAGAGCCGAGGGGGCGGGCCCUCGGGGGCGGGCUGAUGCCCCCCUCUCCAAAGUGCCGCAGUGGCAGAGGGUGCGGCCCUGCGCAGGCGCAUCGCACUGCAGUGGGCGGGCUUCAGGGAGGGCUUCUGCGCAGGCUCCGCCCGGCGCGGCGCGCAGCCACGCCCAUCGCCUCUUUAAAGCCGCUGCCUUCGGCUGCAGCCGCGCAGUCGCGGGAGGGAGGCGGCAGGAUGCAGGCGGGCUGGCGCGGCCUCUGCCACGCGGCAGCCCCUCCCCGCCGCACAAUGUGGAGGGCGAGGAGGCGGGCGCUUUGUGCAGGGGCGACCCCUGCGUGCGCUGCCCGCCUGGACGAGCACCCAGAAGAGCGAGGAAGGGACCGCCUGCCCCAGCGACGGCCCGAGCAGCAGGCGCCCGAGGCGGCGGUGCAGGUGAAGCGGCGCAGGACGGCCUCCCUGGGCGCGCGCGUGUGCCCGCUGAACCCGCGCCCGUCCCCGCGGCAGCCCGCGCCCCUGGUGGACUUCCUGGACUUCCAGGCGGAGCUGCGCCAGGCCUUUCUGGCCGAGACGCCCCGGGGCGGCUAGAGCCCGCGCCCACCGCCCGCCAGAGCGCAGAGCAGGUUUGAGCCGCGAGGCCCGUGCGGCACCGGGGCCAUGGGCGGGCCUGGGGGUGUCACUGGGCGGGGCUCUCAGGAGCAGGAAGGCCCUCCCUCGGCCUCUGCUCAUAGGGGCGUCUCCACUUGCACGUGACCUUGACAGGAGAGCGCACAGACACCCGCUGAGUAGCUGCUAAUGAAUGUUCUAGAACCCUCCGUUCCAGCUGGCAGUUUGCAUAGAGCAGGGCCUUGCUCUGCGUUAAACAGCCACUGCGGGUGCGUGUGCAGACGGCACAGGGAGGGAGAAGGCGCAUGGCUAAGGCACGUGCGCAGGGUCUGCGGAGGAGCACAUUCAUUAGCAGGUGCAGCAGGUGCCCCGCCUUUCGGGUUGCCCGCCUCCCCUUUGUGUUCGCACCCAUGUACUCCCAUCAGCGACAUGUAAUAAAGACAUUUCCCAUGA